GUAGCGGUGCACAACUGGUCGUCGGGUCGGGCGGAGCUCAUGAGCGGACGCCGACGACGCGGAAGGAUUGCGCUCAGGCAGAGGCCGCAGCUCAUGAUCAGAGAACAGCAGCUGGUGAUCUGGAGUCGCAUGUAUCUGUGGGGCGACCUUGAAUGUGGAAGGCACGAACCUGCUUACUCUGCAUUUGGAUGGAGCUUGGUGAAAGCUGCCGGUGAGACGUUCAGGUGCUUUAUUGGGCGUUGGAGCGUUGUGGCAGUGGUGACGUUCGUGCACAGCUGGUGACGCCGACGUACACAGGUUCGUGCACCGAGCACCGCCUGGGCACCAUGGACAUGGACGACGCCCUCCGCGUGUUGGACAGCGGCGGGCGGCAGCAGUGGAAGCACUUGCUAGCCACAACGGCUCAAUCGCUACCGGGAAUAGUCGUCGUCCUGCUGAUGGAGUUUAUUGGUUACACGCCGAACUUUGAGUGCCACCGACAGGGGCCGAAUGGGACAGAUAUACUCGUGAACGCCUGCUUCAACGACACAACAGCAUUCUGCGACGACAUCGUGUUCCGUUCCGAGUACACCAGCGUGGCGACUGAGUGGUCACUGGUCUGCGAGCGGACAACGGACGUACACCUGCUGCAGUCGCUCUUCAUGGCUGGCAUGACGAUUGGCGCUCCCCUGGUCAGCCCCCUGGCGGACAUGUUCGGCCGGCGCCGGGUCGUGCUGCUCACAUUCGGCCUGCAGGCCCUGCUGGUGGCCGCCUUGGUCGUCGUCCCCAACUACGCCACGUUCGCCGUGCUGAGGUUUCUGGCCGGCGUCCUGCAUAUGGGCGGCAUGUCGUGCUUCACCUUGUCCUCGGAGCUGGUGGGGCCUCAAUAUCGGAGUCGCGUUGGCCUCUUUAGCUCCAUCUUCUCCUCCAUCGGUAUCCAGGUGCUGGCACUCGGCGCCUACGUCACCACCACGUGGCGCCUCCUGGUGAUCGCCUCAGCCGCCAUGGCCGGCCUCUCCGUGUUCGUGAUAUGGCUGUGAGUCGGGAUGGAGUACGGUGGAGGAGCCCGCGAUCAUGUGGCUCCUGUGGAACUCCACAAUGAUUUACAGCAAUGAACCGGGUGA